AAAUGUAGGAGGUUGUCACAAAUUUCUCGCGAGUGGAGAUUUUUGUCCAACAGAAGAACGUGCAGUGUCGAUGGCGGAAGAGGAGGCCAAGGUGAAGAACGAAGCUUUGCAAAUAAUUUCAAGUUUCGAGAACCUUCCACGGCUCGUCGUCUUCGAUCUCGAUUACACGCUUUGGCCCUUCUACUGUGAGUGCUACUAUGAAGAUGACAUGCCAUAUCUGUUUCCACAAGCUAGAGGCAUACUAUAUGCACUUAAGGAAAAGGGAAUCGAUAUGGCAAUUGCUUCUAGAUCUCCAACUGCAAAGAUAGCAAAAACAUUUCUUAAUAGGUUGGGCAUCCACUCCAUGUUUGUGGCACAGGAAAUUUUUUCCAGUUGGACUCAUAAAACAGACCAUUUCCAGAGAAUCCACAGGAAAACUGGGAUUCCAUACAAUUCAAUGCUAUUCUUUGAUGACGAGGAUAGGAACAUUGUAGGGGUGUCCAAAAUGGGUGUGACAAGCAUUCUGGUUGACAAUGGAGUAAACCUUGCAGCUUUAAGGAAAGGAUUAUCAGAAUUUUCUCAGAACUCAGGCUCAUCAAGCAGUAGCUAGCAUACUGUCUUUAUAAGUUAACAUUAGAGCAUAAGGGAUGGUUCUCAAUGGAAAAAGCAAGGUUCAAUUCAUUGGACCAGUAUGUAAACAUCCAACACCACUUAUUAUUGAACAUAAUUUGUUUCAUGGAAUAUUUAUCAAUACAUCUGUUACAUUUGAAUGUGGCCCAUUUUUUCAA